ACAGAAGAACUAAGGACAUUUCAAUGAAAUGUCUCCGAAAGAAAUAUUUUUUGCAUUAUUUUUAAUUGCUUUAUCGAAAGCUGAUAAUCCACUUACUCUAGCAGAUAUUGAAGAUUCGUUUACUCUAAGCGAUGCAUUUGUAUUUAGAGAAGAUCAACAAAUAUAUAGAUUGCCAACAAACGUAAUACCACUUGAAUAUGAUAUAAGCAUUGAUCUCUUUUUUGAUGAAAUAUCAGAAAAUCCCUACUCUUACAAUGGUAUAGAAAACAUUAUUAUACAAGCUGUUGAAAACAAUGUAAAUCAAAUAACUCUUCAUGCUAACGUUGAUCGAAUCAAUUAUAUCACCGUGAUAACUGAAGAUGGAGUGUUGGUCGACUUACAACCAAAUGCAGAAUAUGUUUUGGAACCCCAAUACCAUUUCUUGAGAAUAAAUCUUUUGGAGAGUUUGAUUGUGGACAGAAACUAUACAUUAAUGAUUGAAUAUUCGAGUACAAUGAAUGAAGGUCCAAUGAAAAGAGGAAUAUGGCGAGGAUGGUAUAAAGAUGCUAACGGGACUGAAAGGAUUUACGCAACCACUCAUUUUCAACCAUACAAUGCAAGGCAGGCUUUUCCAUGCUGGGAUGAGCCAUUAUAUAAAGCUGUUUUCAAAAUUCAUUUAUCUGCCCCUGCAAACUAUGAUGCAAUCUUUUCCAACACUGCACUGGAAUCAGAAUCAACCAACGGAGGUCGUGUCACUAAGAAUUUCUACGAAACACCUAAAAUGUCAUCGUACCUCGUAACAUUCCUCGUAAGCGAAAGUUUCCAAGUUAUUGCUGAAAACAAAUCUUUUACACCACCAAUCAGAAUCAUUGGAAGAUCUAAUACUGCUGGCCUAGGAGACCAUGCAUUAGAAUUGUCCGUCAAAAUGACAGAAUUUUUCGAUAAAUAUUUUGAAAUACCAUACUCAACAUUACAUCCACAUCUCUUAAAUGAUCAUAUUUCUUCUCCGGAUUGGGCUUCAGCUGGAACGGAAAACUGGGGUAUGGUUGGUUAUAGAGAGCUGUAUAUGAUUAUCGAUCCUCGUGAAACCAUAAUGUCUAUAGAACACUACGCGGCAACACUCGUUUCACAUGAACUUGCCCACAAAUGGUUUGGGAAUUUGAUUACUUGCUUUUGGUGGAGUAAUACUUGGAUCAAUGAAGGCUUUGCUAGCUAUUUUGGUUACAUAGCCACGCAUGAGGUAUUCCCUCAAUAUGAGCUUCAUGAACACUUCAAUUCAAGAUAUCUACAAACCUCACUAUCAUUCGACUCUGGACUGUCGACCGUUCCUAUGAACUAUGACGUCAACACUCCUGCGCAAGUCACCGGCCAUUUUGGUACUGUCAGUUAUUCAAAGGGUGCCGCUUUCUUGAGAAUGCUAGCCGACAUGAUAACACCCGAAACGUUUAGGAAAGCUUGCAAGUACUUCUUGAUUGAUAACGCAUAUGAGGCAACAUAUCCAGAAGACUUAUAUGAUGCAUUUGCAAAGGCUAUUGCAGAAGAUGGUGCUUUAAAUGCAUAUAGAAACUUUAAUUUUACCAGCUUUUAUGAUAUUUGGGUUAAUAAAGCAGGUAACCCUAUUCUGACGGUCACCAUCAAUCACGCCACUGGGGAAAUGAACCUAAAGCAAGAGAGAUUCCUACUCAGUACCACAGCAGCUGUUGAUUCCCAAGUUUAUCCAAUCCCGAUCACAUACUCAUCAAAAUCAAACCCUUCCUUUACAAAUCUAAGACCUAGUUAUAUGAUGAGUACAGACGCAGUUGUAUUGAGUAAAGAACCUGGGGAAGAAUGGGUCAUAUUCAACAACCAACAACACGGUUUGUAUCGUGUGAAUUACGAUGAAAAGUCAUGGAACCUAAUAGCUGAUGCUUUGGUAUCCUCUCCAGAAACAAUACACCAUUUGAACAGGGCACAGGUUGUAGACGAUGUUUUUGCUCUGAUGCGGGCUGAAAGACUUAGUUAUGAAUUUGGUUUCAAAAUUCUAAGGUUCCUACGCAAUGAAGUGAAUUAUCAUGUUUGGAAUCCAGCUAUUAGUGGGUACACGUGGCUACGAAACAGGUUCCGUCAUCUUCCAGAUGUUCAAGCUAAUUUUGAUGCACACAUUUUGAGCUUAAUGGAACACGUAAUUGAUGUUGUUGGCUUUGAGCCGAAAAACAAUGAAACUCCAACUGUGAGCUUAACAAGACAAGAAGUUUUACAUUUCGCUUGCCUUUUGGGUCAUGAGAAAUGUGUUCAGGAAUCGCGGGAAAGAUUUGUUGCUCUAAGAAAUGGAACAUGGAUUGAUCCUCGUAUUCGUCGUAAUGUCUAUGUUGUCGGUAUAAGGGAAGGUAGUGAGGUUGAAUUCAAUUUCCUUCUUGAUCGUUUUGAAAAUUCAAAUUUCGCUAACGAUCAAUUAGAGAUGCUCCGUGGUCUAGCAGCAACCAAAGAUAAACAAUUACUUCUCAGAUAUCUAGCUAUAACAUUGACAAAAUCUGUAAGAUGUCAUGACAAAGCUACCUCUUUCAACUAUGCACUACUUGGUAAUAAAGAAAACGCAAAAACUGUUCUGGAAUUUGUUAAAAACAAUAUCGAUGAAAUAAGAAAAGCAUACAUUGAAGAUGCCCCACCAAACCCUGUUCACACUGCUUUGUCUAAUCUGGCUGCUUAUCUUGAAGAAGAAGAUUUAGUAGAGUACGAAACCUGGCUGCGCAGUACCCAGAGUAAUUCGGCACAAUUUGCAAGUGCAAUAUCAGCAAUCACUUCUUCACGUAACAAUAUGGCGUGGGGUUCUUCCAAAGCUGAUGAAAUACUAUCAGCAGCCCGAGAUGGUGCAACAUCUGUCAUAGUAUCAACUUCUUUAAUUAUAACAAUGGCGAUUCUCGUAACUAACCGAUUGUAAAUAACACAAAUAAAUCCAAUUGCAAAAAUGUA